CUCACUGACAGUGCAAGCUCGGAAACUCGGAAAGUGUUAUACCUAUUUUCUCCGAUACUCACACUUUACUCGAGCGCGCCCCCCGCCAAGCUGGAGCGCGAGGCCAGCGCGAACACGCAGCUGCGCCGGGCGAUCUGCGAGGCCAAGGAAGGCGCCGCGAGGAAGGCCGCCAAGCGCAAGCCGGACGCCGUCUUCGCCAGGUGUCACCCCGGUGUAACUGUGUACGAGGACUACGCUUGCAUGCUCAACCAGACCAACAUCGGCCAAAACAACAACAAGUUCUAUCUCAUCCAAAUUGGCACAGAUACUAAGGAAUUUGUUUGUUUCACGAGAUGGGGGAGAGUGGGAGAAGCAGGCCAGUGGAAUGUAGAGUUUACGAAGAAGGCGGAAGAUGCCAUCAAGAUUUUCGAGAAGAAAUUCAAGGACAAGACCAAGAACAACUGGGCCGAUCGAGACAACUUCGAGCCGGUCCCUAAGAAGUAUACUUUGCUGGAAAUGGACGACGACAGCGACGAAGAGGAAGAUGCAGUAGACUCCUCAGCGGUCAAGGAGGAAGCGGCACCCUACGAAGGCCCUUGCAACUUGCAUCCAAGGACCAUGCUCAUGAUCAAACUCAUUUUCUCGGAUGAUAUGUUUGUCAAUCAGAUGGCGGAUAUGAGUCUAGACGUGAAAAAAAUGCCUCUGGGCAAGCUGAGCAAGCUGCAGAUUGCCAAGGGAUUGGAGGCGCUCAUAGACAUCGAAGACGCCAUAAAAAAGAAGAAGGUACAGGAGCGAAGUUCUCUCCUCCCUCCCUCCCCCCCCCCUCCCUCCCUCCCUCCCUCCCUCCCUCCUCCUCCAAAGAAACAAAAAAAAAAAUCACAACCCUCGUCCAGGUUCGCCAGCCACGACGACAUCAAGCACCGGAAGUUGCUCUGGCACGGCACCAACGUGGCGGUGGUGGCGGCGAUCCUCAAGGCCGGGCUCAGGAUCAUGCCCCACUCGGGAGGGUUGGUGGGCCGGGGCAUCUACUUCGCGUCGGAACAUGCCAAGAGCUCUUUUUAUGUUGGCUGCCAUUACGGGGCUUUCGAAGGCGAGAGCUACCUAGGCUUCAUGUUCCUGGUCGAAGUGGCUUUAGGGAAAGAGAGCAGCAUCACACAGUCUGAUGGCAGUCUGACAGAAGCUCCCAGUGGCUAUGACAGCGUGGUGGCACGAGGAAGGACCGAGCCAGACCCGAAGAAGAACAAGAAACUAGUCUUUGACGGGAAGAACGUCACAGUGCCUCUGGGAAAACCUGUCCCUCAGAAGGAGUGGUCAGAGAGUGGCUUCGGACAGAGCGAGUAUCUUGUGUACAAAGAGAGUCAGGCUCGCAUUAGAUACAUACUCAAGUUUUCCUUCAUAUAGGCCUUUACUUGACAUUUACUCUUCGUUACCAUUCUGGCAAAUAUAGUUUGUUUUUUUAGGAUUAAAUAUUUUGCUUCUGAAAAUGUGUAGAAAGUGUCAGAUUGUUAUGUUUUAUAUAAUUGCUACCAUUAUUGUUAUUAUUAUCAUUAUGGUGAUGAUGAUUAUUUUUAUAUUAAUAUUACUAUUGAUGUUGUUCUAAAUAUCUUGUUUUUUGUAUUAGAAAUUUGAAAGUCAGUUCAUUAUGAAAAAUGUAAAAGGAUUUUUUUUUUUGCAAUGCUAACUUAUAGUUUGUAAAUAUACUAUUACCAAAUUUGUAUACUUCGUGAUACAUUAAAGUAUAUAUGCAUCACAAUGCUUUUUUAUGUACUUUUUUUCAGGGAAAUUAUGGUGCCUCAAAAUAAAAUACCAGAUGGCCUUAUAAUAUAUAUUUAUAAAAAAGGCUAUAUGAAUGCUUUUAGAAUACCGGCUGUGGAAUAUGACAGUUCCCCCUUGAAGAUGAGUGUCACGUUUUCUUUGUUUAUCGUCGGUUAAUUUGUAAAAUAUAUUGUAAUUGAAAAAUGUAUAUAUUUGUUGAUUUGAUCGCAGAUUUUAAUCGGUAUUUACUGGAGGAUUGUCACAUAUUUCUACUACCCUUAAACUGAAUCUGUAUUUAUUGUAUGAAAUAUCACUGUUAAAAAAAAUCACUGGGUAACUUUGCUAUGUGAUUGAUUUGCUCAUAUUCAGAGACACUUCGGACACCUUUUCCGAUGGAGGUUCGCUGCCAUCACGGCUCUUAUUGGCUGCGAGACGAGACAGCUCGACGGUGAUUGGCUGCGGGGCGCGAAAUGCUGGUCCAGCUCUCCCAUUAAGGUGUCCGGUGUCUCUAGUCUCCCCUCAACCCACUUUCCCGAUUCUUCAAAUGUGUUGAUGUCAGUUGUGAGAUUAGCAAGACCUGGGAUUAAACAUUCUAUGAAAGAUCCUUUUUUUUUUUUUUUUUUUUUUUUUUCAAAUUAAAAU